AUGUCCUACAACUACAACCAACCAGGCGGUUAUCAGCAGCCGUAUCCGGGCCAAGCCCCGCCGCCCCAAGGGUACGGUCAGCAACCCCCACAGCAAGGCUAUCAUCAACCACCCCCAAUGCAAAAUCAACAGUACGGUGGCUACCAGCCCCAGCAAGGCUACAGCCAGCAACCACCGCAAGGCCAAUAUGGUGCGCCGCCACCGAAUCAAUAUGGCGGCCCGCCUCAAGGCCAGUAUGGAGCUCCUCCGCCACAGCAAGGUUAUGGCGCUCCUGGACAGUAUCAACAACAGCCACCUCCGGGCCAGUAUGGUCAGCAACCACCGCCAGGGCAAUACGGACAACAGCCACCUCCAGGACAAUAUGGCCAACAGCCACCACAAGGACAUUAUCAACCUCCGCCUGGACCACCACCAGGACAAUAUGGCCAGCAACCACCCCCAGGGCAGUUUGGCGCGCCCCCACCACAGGGCCAGUUUGGGGCUCCACCUCCUCAGGGUCAAUAUGGGGCUCCACCUCCUCAAGGCCAGUUCGGUGCGCCGGGCGGUUUUGGCGGGCCACCAACUCAACCUUCUCUCGGCUAUGGUCCGCAGCAGGUAGCCAACAUCGACGUUGGCAGAGACGUCGAAGCUGUUCGAAAAGCGAUGAAGGGAUUUGGAACCGAUGAGAAGGCGCUUAUUGCAACACUGGCGAAGAAGGACCCCAUGCAGAUCAACACCAUCCGGACACAGUACGAUCAGCGCCUGAUGCGAAACAUGGUUCAAGAUCUUGAAAAAGAGACCAGUGGCUACUUCGCAAAAGGACUAGUCGAAAUCGCACGAGGACCUUUAGUAUCUGACUGCUACAACCUCAUGGAGGCAAUGAAAGGCAUGGGCACAAAGGAGGUCAUCAUAGACGACGUCCUCAUUGGACGAAGCAAUGCCGAUAUCAAUGCCAUCAAGCAGAAGUACCAAGAACUGUUCAAACGGCCACUACAGAAAGACCUCCAAGGUGACCUCAGCGCCGGAACCGAGCAAAUGUAUGACAUGAUCAUCUCCGCCCGCCGCGCAGAAGACUCGUACCCCGUUAAUCCACAAGAAAUUGAGAAAGCUGUCACCGAUCUCCAGGCUGGCAUGGGUGGCUUUGCUAGCAAGAACGUUCCUCAAGUAUGCCAGAUCCUUACGAGCAAGAAUGACGCUCAGCUCAAAGCCAUGGCGAAUCUCUACCAACAACGCUUCCACAAGUCGCUCGACAGUGUGCUGAAGUCUGCGUUCUCUGGUCACAUGGAGGAUGCACUCCGUCUGCUUGUGCAUCGCGCUACUAACCGACCCGAGGCCGAAGCUGUCCGCCUGGAGGAGGCGAUGGCUGGUUUGGGUACCAAGGACGAAAUCCUCGUACAGCGCGUCGUUCGCUGCCACUGGGAUAGGAAUUUCAUGAACGCUGUCAGCAACGCGUACAAGCAGGUCUACAAGAAGGACUUGGUCAAGCGGAUAGAAGGGGAGACUCGGGGCGAUUACGAGAAGCUUAUGGUUGCUUGCGUGAAGCCUUGA